AUGCCGCCGAAACGCAAGGCCCUCAAAUCUACCAACCCCAACAUCAACGAAUGCAGCAAUGGGAAGAAGGCCAAGCCCGCCGCCGCCCAGGAGGCACCCCUUGAGCCUCAGCUGCAGGAUAUCCUGCUGCAGUCAACUAUCAAGCACAGACAACAGCGCUGGGCAGAAGUGUCGGGCUCUAAAAACUUAGACAUAAAUUAUCAAAUUGCUACCCAGAAUCCCCGUCUCGCGUACGAGUUCAUCUGCAUUUGCAACCCACUUCAAGGCCGCGACGGCGCAUAUAACGAAGAGAACGAAGCAGAGGACGAUUGCGACGCGAGUGAUGAAAACGAGGAGCCCAACACGCAAGCUUGUGAUAAGGGCAAGACAUGUCCAUGCGGCAAACCGGCCGCCUUACUCCCCUCCCACCCAUAUACCAUGACCAGGGCUGGCCUGGCGAGAUAUCGCAUGGCAGGGGACAUGAUGAACCUUCGCAGCCCCGAGGCAUUUGCUAUGUACACAUUCAAUGAUCACAUGGCCUAUGGAGCGCUCGAGGUCGUGCAGAAUAUGCUGCUAGACUUUGAGGAAGCGUACAAAGCACAGCAGUGGCGUGAGGCCUGGGCAGUGGUUGAGGCCAUGGCGCUAUUUAUGCUAGUGGGUGAGGGUCAUACAAUGUGCAUGGCCGACGACGGAGAGAUGAUCGAGAAGACGGUGGCGCAGAUAACUCGGAUGGUGCUCGCAGCGCUGGCGGUCCUGGACGGCAGGGCCCAGCUUGCGGACGAUACGGACACUAAGAAUUUGGGCUGA